UUUUUGACAUCUCUCAACCAGUCAGAUUCUAGAACAAAACUUCCAAAUUCUCCGUACCCGAAACGAUGUCGGCCCACUCGCUCACCGACGAACAGCAGCGCCAGUACCGGCAAAUGUUCGAAACGUUCGACAAGGAUGGCAACGGUUCCAUCACGACGACGGAACUGGGAACGCUGGUGCGAGCGCUAGGUCUUAAUCCUUCGAUCGCCGAGAUCGAGCAGAUGAUCCACGAGGUGGACCUGGACGGGAGUGGGACGAUCGAGCUGAACGAGUUUUACGUGCUGAUGGCUCGGAAGCAGCGGGAAGCCUCGUCGGAGGACGAGCUGCGGCAGGCUUUCAAGGUGUUUGACAAGAACGAGGAUGGGUUCUUGACGGUGGAGGAACUGUCGAUGGUGAUGAAGAACUUUGGUGAGCGGUUGAGCGAUGAAGAGUUGGCGGAUUUGCUGGAGGAGGCGGAUGUUGACAAGGAUGGACGGAUAAAUUAUGAGGAGUUUGUGACCAUGUUGACCAAGUAGUG